AUGCCUCAAGACCCCAAUCUUUACGGGCAGCGGCCCAAGAAGAAGCAGCGAAGAGAUGCCACCCUCUCUUCCUCCCUGGAAUUUACGGCCCAGCUGACCUCGCUGAUGGCAUCAUCCGGCGCCUCGUCAGGCUCCGCCACCGCCGGCCGCGUCCGCCCCUCCAAGGAGCCCAAGGACGACCUGUUUCGCAGCCACACGGCGCGGAAACGGGAGGCCCAAGCAAGCGCCAAGGACGAGAAGCUUGUCCUCAAGGACGUGGCGGGCACCGAGGAGGAGUCGCGCGAGCUGGCCCGCGUGAGGCGCAACAUGGAGUGCAAGGCCCGCCUCUACGCCGCCAUGAAGCGCGGCGAUUACGUGCCGCAGGACAACGAGGCGGGACCCCUGAUCGACUUUGACCGCAAGUGGGCAGAGAAUGAAGAAGGCAGGGAGCUGUCUGAGCUAAGUUCGUCGUCCGGUGACGAGCAAGACGGGGACGGCGGCGACGACGAGAUCAUCGAGUACGAGGACGAGUUUGGCCGUCUGCGGCGCGGCACCCGCGCCGAAAAGGAGCGCAUGGAGCGGCGCGCCCGCCGCGGGCUGCUCGGCGCCGAGGAGCUCGACCGCAUGUCGGCGCGCCCCGCCGCGCCGAGCAACCUCAUCCACGGCGACGCCAUCCAGGCCAUGGCCUUUGCGCCGGACGACCCGGAGCAGAUGGAGGCGCUGGCGCGCAAACGCGACCGCAGCGCGACGCCGCCCGAGAUGAAACACUACGACGCGGACAGGGAGGUGCGCACCAAGGGCGUCGGCUUCUACAAGUUCAGCAAGGACGAGGAGGAGCGGCAGCGCGAGAUGCGCGAGCUCGAGGCGGAGCGUCGCCAGACGGAGGAGCAGCGCCAGGCGAGGGAGGACCGCAAGGCCGCGCGGCGUCGUGAGAUGGAGGACAGGCGCAAGGCGAUGGAGGCUAGGAGGGCGACGAAGCAGGCGGACAGCUUCCUAAGCGGGCUGGACGGGUGA